UCCAAGCGAAAAAAAAUUUAAAAAAAAAUAAAAAAAUACAAAAAACAAAAAACAAGGAAUAAAAGGUCUCAACUCCAUAUACAAACUGACAAAUCCAAAACUCUCUACAUCCAAAGAAGGAACGCCUUAAAUCCAGUGAGAACUUUACUCGGCAGCAUAUCAUUCCAUUUGCCACAACCUUAGAUCAAUGAGUACCAAAAACGGUGCUGUCCUAAGUACUCAAAUUGUUCCUGAAGUUCUUAUAAACAAAGAAAACUAUGAGGAAUGGAGCAUUCGGCUUCGAACCUACUUGAUGGCUCAAGAUGUUUGGGAUGUUUUGGAGCCAACGCCGACCUUCGUUGAUGUUUGGGAUGUUGCGGUGGAAAUGGCUUGGAAGAGAAAGAACGCCACAGCUCUCCAUGCAAUCCACAUUUCCUGCGGUCCUGAUGCUGUCUCGCUUAUCGAGCACAUCACCAACGCCAAAGAAGCUUGGGAUAAAUUGGCAGAAUCAAUGGUUAUGGCUGGACCUGAACCUCUGAUCCAGGCUGCCAUUCAAGAGAAUGCAAUUUCGACUGAUUGGGUACGUCAACUCGAGCCUUUAUAUAAUGCUGUACAGGAUGGUGAUUACAACGCAACAAAGCAGAUAAUUGAAACGAACCCUGGAGUAGCUAGAGCAAGAAUUACAUUUUCACGGAGGACUGCUCUUCAUGUGGCAGCCAUGGCUGGGCAUAUGAGCAUUGUGAAGCUACUAGUGCAGGCUAUGUUCCCAAAAGACUUAGAAAUAACUGAUGAUGAUGGUUUUACAGCUCUUGCUGUAGCUAUUAUAUCUAAUGCAACACGAAGCAUAGCGGAAUGCAUGGUCACAAAGAACGCCCGAAUACUUACCAAUGGCCUUCCGCUACAAUCAUAAGGAAUUGGGUCGAUACCUCUAUUGGGUUUCGCUCGAAAAUGUGCAGAUUAUCUACUACCCAAUCCCCAAGACGGUCCUACAAUUAUUUGCGGUGCUAUACGUACGCAAAG